AUGGCUGCCACCAACGAAAAUCCCAUUGUAUUUUAUGAUCUAGCCGAUGGCAACGGUAAGUCGUGGUCACCAAAUCCUUAUAAGACAAGGUUGUCCUUGAACUACAAGGGAAUACCUUACCGCACCGAUGAUGCUGAUCCCUCGAACGAUCCAAAUGGCAAACCAACCUACGUCGCCGAUUCGUUCAAGAUCGCGUUAUACUUGGACAAAAAGUAUCCUGCCCCCCAUUAUCCUUCCAUAUUCGCUCCCGGAACGGCUGGCAUCCAACAUAUACUUAUAUCAAACUACCGGAUGACGGUUGCUGCACCUAUCUUCCCACUGAUCCACCCACAAGUACUUCACAUCAUGGACGAGAGGUCCAUUGAGUAUAUGCGCCGGACGCGAGGACCUCGACUCAUCCCCCUCUCGGAAGUCGAGGCUGCCGAGAAAUGGAGGGAGGCCAAGGAGAGAUUUACAGGACUGGCGGAAUCUUUGGCACUGAACGAUGAGAUUGGUUCUGUAGGGCCGUUUAUGAUGGGGGAUCAUGUAUCGUUCUCGGACUUCGUCCUCGCGGGUGUAUUUUACUGGAUUCGGAGUGUUGAGGGUCCUGGUUCGAUUCGCUUGAAGGAGCUAUUAGAAUGGGACGACGGGAGAUGGGAAAGAUUGUGGAAGGCGAUCCAAAAAAUUGAGAAUAAAUCCUCUGAAGUUGUUUGA